AUGGCCUCCCUGAAAACUGACCUUGGGAGACAUCCUUUUCAGGCCACCGUCCCUCCCGGAACUCGGUCCAAUGGUCUUCAUGCUGUCGAGAAUCUCAAAGACUGGAAUUCUCCCGAGAAACCGCAAGUAGAGGCUUGGUGCAGUAGGUGGGACACACAUACAAACCGGGUCUACACUCCUCAUUAUUUACGUCUUCACCGAACUUGA